AUGGGGGUCUUUGACGCUGGACUCGGGUGGGCUGCCCCUACAGGGGCCCCCACUGGCCUCCUCGAGGAGGAGAGCUCAGCAAAAGGGCCCCCUCUGGAGGAAAGUUUGUCCAAGCGUGGGGAUGAGGGAGAGGGCUGUUCGCUGGCGGCUGCGAGGGAGGAAAGCCACGCAGAGAGAGUCACACCCAUGAGGAGCCCCCAGCUAAGUUCUUCUGGAGAUCCUCGCGAUUCAGUGGCGUUAAACUCCCCAGAAGGAGAGAAAGCUCAGGACCAGGAGGAAGUCUCGCUUGUCAAGAGGCCCAGUAAGGGAGCUCGGUUUGCGGAGACACCCGAGGAGGUGUCCCUUUCGAUUGGUGUCGAGACGAGCCCUGCCAGCCGCACUGUUAAAGUGCUGAUCUCUGAUAAAGCAGCCACGUACAGCGACGGCAUAUCUAGUGGAAGAAAGAGCAUCAGAAUUCCAAACAUGCUUGCUCAGGAAGUCGCUGGGGGGGAUGCUCAGUUGUCGCGUUUGCCUGUUUGUGGGUUGAACGGACUAGAUGACCUCGAGGUGCCACGCAAAAAGAUUGAGGUAGUGUCUUUCUCGGAGGGGCGAGUAGUAGACUCCGCAGUGAUGGCUAGGGAGGGCCUCGUUGUCACUGACAAAAAAAGCUUCAUUCCUACAGAAGCGGCUAAGGCAUACAUCAGCAGCCUCAUUCAAGAGUUCGACAGAGUGAAGAAGCAGGCAAGCAAGCGAAAGCCCCGUCACAACACUGUUCAACUUCACGGAUGCACACCAAACCGACCAUCUUUAGAGGCCUGUGGACGCCAAAGCUCCCAACUGGCGACGAUGCAAGAAAUGGAGUGGCAUUUUCGAAUGGUGGAAGAUGCGACUCGGAGGCGCGCGGCCAAGCAGGUGGAAACUCUUCGUCGGACUGCGGUGAGCAAGUGCACGAUGCUGCUCAAGAAACUACAGAGCACGAAGGCGCGCCUCGAGUUCUACGAGCAGGAAAACAACGAGCUGCAUAAAAAUUUUGAGGAGAGGGUCCAAGAGUUUAAGGAACAAAUGCCCAAGACUAUGCAAGAGCUCGAUGCGCAGUGGCAAGGAAGGAUUGAGGAGCUUCGGGAUGUGAUUUUUAGCAGCCAGUCUGAGCUAGAGGUCCUAAAAGAGCAGCAGGAUGAUCUGAUGCAGAACCUGGAAGAAUUCAUGAGCUUGUUGGGUGCCCACGUCCCUGAAGUCAGCAGCGUCAAGCAGAAAGUGGAGGCCUUUGCCGCAGCUCUCCGCGGCAAGCUGCAACAACACCAGCAGCAGGAUAUCAAAUUUACUCUGAGUCUCAUGAUUGAAAGGACAGGUACCGCGGCUGGCAGAAAGCUGUCCGAAGGAGAACUGCAAGAGCAGCGAGGAAUCCGAGAGCUUGAGGAACGCCUGCAAGCUCUCUCCAACCAAGUGCAAGCUCUUAAAGAUGAAAAUCACAAUCUGCAAAUAGCGCUUGUGAGCAUGGAGGAAGUGGCGAAAAAAGGCGAGUCGCUCAUGUGGCUUGAAGAAUGUUUUAGCGCUUGCGCAGGGGGAAGGGCCCAAGGUGGAGGCGGAGCAGGCAUAGGAGCGUCAACAGUACAAAUACUGAACCAAGCAAAAGAGAAGAACAAACAGUUAGAGCAGCAGGUAGCAGCGCUACAGAAAAAGCUAAAAGAAUGCGAGGCUGCUCGUGCAAAGGGCGGUUCCUCGAACAAUCAGCAGAUGAAGGCGCUCGAGCUGCAGCUUAAGGAGGCAGAAGCAGACAAACGCAGGGAGCUCAAACUGCUGGAGCAGAAGCUAACCAAAAGCAGCGAGGGUGCAGCUGCCGAUGCGAAAAAACUCGAGGCUCAGCUCCACAGACAGACGGAGAGGGCAGAAAAAGCAGAGUCGCAAUUGGGCUCUGCUACCAGCGAGCUCAAAGACGUACAGGCCAAGUAUGACGCGCUCGCCAAGGAAUUCGCGGAUUUGCAGAAACAGCUGGCAGAUGUACAGGGGCUGACAGCUGAAGUGUUGCAGCUCCAGGCCACAGCAGCGCAACAGAGCGGCAUGAUCAAGGAACUAGAAGCCUCCUACCAGGCGGAGAAGAAGCUUCGGAAGAAGUAUUACAACGAGAUCGAAGAUAUGAAGGGGAAAAUUCGCGUCUUCUGCCGCGUCCGGCCAUUCGCAAAGUACGAAGUGGAAAAGGGCUGCUCACGGAGUGUUGAGGUCAUCGACGAAUACUCCGUCAAAGUCGCCGCUCCAAAGGGAGAGAAGGAGUUUACCUAUGACAGAGUCUUCUCUGGAGAGAGCACUCAGGAGGAAGUUUACGAGGACACCGAACGACUCAUUCAGUCCGUCAUCGACGGCUUUAAUGUAUGCAUCUUCGCUUACGGCCAGACGGGCUCUGGAAAGACCUUCACCAUUCAAGGCAACACUAAUUAUCCCGGAAUUGCGCCGAGAGCCAUCAAGGGGCUCUUCACGCUCCUCAAUUCACUCAACCCCCAAAAGUUUAAAUUCGAGACACACAGUUAUAUGUGCGAGCUUUACAACAACCAGCUGGUUGAUCUAUUGGCCCCACCUGAGGUGAAGAAGAAUCCUCCGCCACUAGAAAUAAAGAAAGACAACACAGGUAUUGUGAUGAUACACGGGAUCACGUUGAGGAAGGUAACUUCAUCAGAAGCUUUAGAAAAGAUAUUUGAAUACGGGCUGACCGCCAGACAUGUUAGUGGCACUGCCAUGAACGCGGAAAGCUCUCGAUCGCACUUAAUUUUCGCCGUCAUCGUUAAAAUCGAGGACUUACUCGAAGAAAAAUUCACUAUGGGCAAACUGUCACUUAUUGACCUCGCUGGAUCGGAACGCGUCUCCAAAAGUGGUGUCACAAAGGAGCGGUUGCUUGAAGCAAGGGAAAUCAACAAAAGUCUCACGGCUCUAGGUGACGUCAUUUCUGCUCUUUCCAACGGUGAAACUUUUAUUCCAUACAGGAACCACAAGCUCACGCAAGUGAUGAGUGACUCACUUGGAGGCACCGCUAAGACGCUGAUGUUCGUCAACAUAAGUCCAGCAGAUUACAACACCGAUGAAACAGUCACGUCUCUUAUGUAUGCAUCGCGUGUAAAGCUCAUCACCAACGAGUCAACCAAACAAGUUGAGUCCAAGCAAAUUGUAAAACUGAAAGAGAGAGUAAAGAAGCUAAGCAAUGCUCUAGAAAAGGCGAAGCGGGGAGAAACCGUAGACUACUCCGUGCUAAAGGAAGCACAAGGUAAUUUUCCCGAGACAGAUGAAGGCCACCCUGACCAUGAACCAAUCAAGGAAGAUGACUCGAACCUCGACGAGCCGCAGGAUUUGACCUUUUAG